GCUGUGUGAGGAAGAUGAGAGCAGCAGCCAUCUCCACACCAAGGUUAGACAAAAUGCCAGCAAUGUUCUUCUCUGCUAAUCCAAAGGAAUUGAAAGGAAGCGGUCCUUCUCUUCUAGACAACAAAACUCAGAAAAAGAGGCCAAAGACUUUUGGAAUGGACGUGAAGACAUACCUGAGAUCUCUGAUCCCACAUCUGGAAUCUGGAAUGAAAUCUUCCAAGUCCAAAGACAUACUUUGUGCUGAUGAAGUAAUACAGUGGUCUCAAUCUUUAGAAAAACUUCUGGCAAACCAAACGGGUCAAGUUGUGUUUGAAAGUUUUCUCAAGUCUGAGUUCAGUGAGGAGAACAUUGAAUUCUGGUUGGCUUGUGAAGACUAUAGAAAAACAGAGUCUGAUCUUUUGCAUUGCAAAGCAGAGAAAAUAUAUAAAGCAUUUGUGCAUGCCGAUGCUGCUAAACAAAUCAAUAUUGACUUUUACACCCGAGAAUCUACAGCCAAAAAGAUUAAAGCACCAACCCCCAUGUGUUUUGAUGAAGCUCAGAAAAUCAUUUACACUCUUAUGGAAAAAGACUCCUAUCCCAGGUUCCUCAAAUCAGAUAUUUACUUAAACCUUCUAAAUGACCUUCAGGCUAACAGCCUUAAGUGA